UUUUAAUUAAUUACUUUUGACAUUCAACAUUUAACAUUCAAGACCCUUAAAACCACAUCAAAUACAAAGAAAACAAAACCAUUUCCCAAAAAAAAAAAGAGAGCAUGAGAAACAAAGGACAAAAACAGAACAAGUUCUUGAGAAUAAUCUCAGCACCUUUAAGAGCUUUAGGCAAGGCUCGUGAUUUCUACGUGAGAAGCAUCACCGGUUGCUCAGCUCGGACUCACUAUUCAUCCGCAGCCUCCGUCUCCACUCCUUUUCCAAGAAGCCGGAGCUCAUCCUCCGCCGCCUUCUCCUCCUCCGCAUCUACCCGGAGAACAACUGAUUUUGGGAUUGACGAUGAUUAUAGCGAGCUAGUGAGAGCUGCUUCGGUUAGGAGCUUAGGGCACAAGAAUGAGAUCGACAUGUUUUUACACGAGAAGUUGCAACAAGAGAAGCUGAGGCAAAGAGGCUUGCCGAAGAGCUCGAGCGUGGGGAUGGCGAAGAUAGAGGAAGAGGAUGAAGCAGAGGAAGGAUCUGUGAAUCCCAAGAUGGCAAAGAAAGUUUCUGAUCUCAAGUAUCCUCGUAGCAAAUCAUAUGCUGUUACUGGUAGCCCUAAAUUUUAGUUUUAUAUUCCCUCUGUUUCCUGAAGAUAAGAAUUUUUAGAAAAAAAUUUGUUUCACAAUAUGAAAAAAUUGUAAACUUCAAAAAAUUAGUUGACUUUGAAAGUUAUUGAAAAUUAAAAAUGAUAGAAAACGAUAUAUUUAUUAUUUAUUAUGGUAAUUUAAUGUGUUUUAUUAAUAUGUAUGAAAAUAUUAAAAAUUCUAUCUUUAUGAAACGGACGGAAUAUUUAAUUUUUUGAUUUUUAGUAUUUUGUGGAUUGAUACUACUUUUUUUAGCUCGAUGUUGUGCAACAAGAAAUGAUAUAAGUCGAUAAA